AAAUAAAUAUAUAACCCACCCGGCCACCAUUCAUUCCAUCUGAUAUUCCCCCACCCCGGCCAUGGCUGCUUACAGCAUGUUGAAGCUUUCACUUCUCUUGAGCCUCCUCUCGAAUUCACAGUUGGGUCAAUGGCCUGAAACAAAGAAAAGCUCAGGGAUACCUCCACCGGCAUGCACCCGCAUCGAGUGCCCGAGCUAUGACGUGAUUCACGUUGGCAAUGGCUAUGAAAUUCGCCGCCUCAACUCCACGGUGUGGAUGUCAACCUCCCCCAUUCAGGAUAUCUCUCUGGUUGAAGCUACCAGAACUGGCUUCUUACAGCUAUUCGACUAUAUUCAAGGAAAGAAUGAUUAUGAAGAAUAUAUAGAGAUGACAGCGCCGGUGAUCACUGAAGUCUCACCAAGUGACGGACCUUUAUGUGAAUCCUCAUUUGUGGUUAGCUUUUAUGUCCCAAAAGUCAACCAAGCAAACCCACCUCCGGCGGAAGGACUUGCUGUCCAAAGAUGGAAACCCAUUUAUGCAGCAGUGAGAGAAUUCAGCGGAUUUGUCGCUGACUCAGAUGUCGGGGUAGAAGCUGCUACCUUGCAAGCCAGCCUUGCCGGCACUGUUUGGUCUGCUGCCAUUGAGAAAAGCCAUGAAGCUGGCAACAAAUCAACCUACACUGUCGCGCAGUACAAUUCCCCAUUUGAAUUCGAGAGCAGGGUGAACGAAAUAUGGAUGUUGUUUGAUAUCAAAGACAAAUGACUAUGCUAACAACAUUAAUUUGAAGGAGUAAUGCUGUUUAGUAUACGAUUUUCAUACAACUGGGAUGACGUGACAAAAUAAAAUAUCAGUUCUUGUAACAGUACUAAAAAAUAAAAACACCGACGAUGAUUUUCACUGUCAUGUUAUUCCAAUAGUAUGGCAGCCAUCUACUAGUCUACCAGUUUGAAGAGUUGUAGUCUUAUGUAAAGGGAACUUCAAGGGUGCUGAAUAUCUGAACUUCUCUGUAAUGAAAACGUUGCAUGACCUGAUCACAAUUGGUGUCUAAGUGCUUCCUGUUGUCUUCAAUAAAGUAUAACCACUUUUUUAUGA